AUGAACACUGAGUUCUUCACUACAUCCAGUGGAAACAUUUACAAGGUGGCUCUGAACUUACCAAAGCUUAAAAUCAAGAAAUCUGAGAAAUAUUAUGUGGGGAAACUGAAGGCGAAUUUGCUGCCCUCCUACCUGGAGCAAGUGUACCUCUCUGAGAGUUUCUUUACGGAUGUGAGAAGGCAAAUCCGGCUGCAGUUUUUCGAACACCUGGAGAACUGGUAUGCUGAGACAUUGUCCAAGGCCUGGGUCAUCGUGGACUCCAAGAAAGAAGAGAUCAGCUCUGAAGUGCAGCUGCGCGCUCACCUUCAUGAGCCAAGGCGGGAGCGCAUUGAGAAGGAUAUCUACGAUGUCAGAAUGGCGGAGCUGCGAUUUCACAACGAUCGCUUACUGCGACACUGCAGUGGUGUGGUGUAG